GCAACGAAACACUGAAACGUAGGCAAACACCAGUGAAGAUGCUGUCUAUUUUAAGAAAAGCUCGGUUGAAAGACAAGGAGAUGCGGAUUCUAAUGCUAGGUCUGGAUAAUGCCGGGAAAACCACCAUCGUCAAGCAGAUUAUGAAGGAAGAUGUCACCACUGUCAGUCCGACUUUGGGAUUUAUCAUCAAGACUAUAGACUUUCAGGGAUAUAGACUCAAUAUCUGGGAUGUCGGAGGCCAGAAAACGCUCCGAUCGUAUUGGAAAAACUACUUCGAGAAGACCGAUACAUUGGUCUGGGUCGUUGAUGCGACCGACCGUCUUAGAGUGGAUGAUUGUCGAGCUGAGCUCGCUGGCCUCCUUUUGGAAGAGCGUUUGAUGGGAGCAAGUCUCCUUAUUUUCUUGAAUAAAACCGAUGUUGAAGGAUGUAUGGAUGAGACUGAAGUCCGGGAACGGCUUUGCUUGGAUUCUAUCCUAACCCACAAAUGGACGAUAUUACCCUGCAGUGCGAUGACAGGAAAGAACCUACAGGAAGGACUUGAAUGGGUCGUGCAAGACGCCAAAGACAGGCUUUUCCUUUACUGACUGUCAUGAUGAUCCAUGGCAUGCUCUGCGUUUGUAGGGAUGAUUGCACGAUGCUUCAACCUUUGCCUUUCCCCUUUUCUUGUCAUAGCGAUAGACCUCUAGUUGUCGCUAAGCUAUAUGCUAUAUGGUAUGUGGUUAUGACAUGCGGAAAUACGAAU